CCAUUCGCAGCAAGUGGCUGUGUGGCAGUGAAGAUGAUACGGAGAGGCAGUGGCCGGACUCCACCAUUUAUUUUGGUGGGUCUAGUCUUAAUUGUCCUUAUCUUGGGGUUUAACUAUUGGACACUGACUUCACAAAAUGCCGACUUACAACAGGAAGUGGAGAAGCUGCAGGCGGAGGUGAAGAUCAGUGCCAUGAAACAGGAACAGUCAGAGAAUAAAAAUGCAGCUCUACAAGAAACCGUACAUGAAAUGGACAGUAUAUCUGCUAAAUUAAAAAAGAAAUUGCAAGAAGAGGGAGAUAUCCUGAAGACAAAAGAUCAAGAUAAUCAAAAGAAAGAAUAUGAAAUAACCAGUUUGAAGAAUAAAAUUGUUAAGCUGCAAGAACACAUUGACACCAUAACCCAGCAACUAGAAGAUCAUGAAACAGAGCUUUCAAAGGCAAAAGAAACAAACGUUCAUCUGGCCACUGAACGUGAUGAUGCAGUUGAAGCCAUUGCUGAGAAGGAUGCUCUCAUUAAUACACUUAAACGACAGCUAGAGCAGGAGAAAUCGAGAAGCAACGCUCUUCAAUACUCCGUGGGCGAUCUAAACAAGAAAGUUAGCCAAAUCUUUGGUGAUUUGGCAGAGUGUCAGGAUAAGUUUUCUGAACUUGAAACCUUGGCAAAAACUCUUAAAACAAAGGAGCAGAAGGCUGAGGAAGAGGUAGCAGCAGUACGACGUGAGAAGCUGUCCAUGGCUCAGCCCAAUAUUGUUCCAGGUGCUAUGAACUUGCCUAAUAUUGAAAAGAAAGCGCCAUACUUUGGGCCUGGUCAGCUUGGCUACGUCUCACGAGGAGCAGUCCACACUCGUGACAUGGGAUUGCAUGGUAUCACAUUCCACCGUGAGCUUCCUAUCCUUCCAAGAGAUCCCCCCAAUGCUCACCGCAGCAAACCCAGGUUCAGUGUUGCUGACUUGGCCAAGGAACCAUCAGCAGCAUCACAGAAUGCAGGAAAUAUCGUCCAAGACAUUGCAGCUCAAAAUAUACUAGUUGCCUCUCAACCUGUUAACCAUGCUAACCCCAGUGAUGGAAACCUCCAGUCUGUGGGCAGCCAAAGGAAUCAUAAUGAAGGAAAUCCUCAGCUACAAGCUCCAGCCAAAAAGUACAGUGCUGCUGCACCGGAAAUGAAGCUGCAUAGUUUAGCCAGACCUCGUUAUGCUCUGGUUACUCAGGCUCAUGUCCUCCAGCAUCCACGAGUGAAACCCGUUCAAGGGCCAGCAGUGGUGGAACAACCAGUGGUAGCCCAUAAUAACCGGCCAAUUGCUGCACCCAUUAAUCCUGGGAAUGUUAAUGGGCAGGAUCCACAUAAUGAUGUACUUGCUCCCCCACCACAACACCAUGAAGCACAGGAACUCAGAGUGAAGGAUAUGCCAAGAGGCAAAAGAGACAAUUUGGACGCAGCUAUAGAUGAAGAGGAGAAAAUUGUUGAGGACCUAUUGGAUGACCAAGAUGAGGAAGGCAAUGAUAUCAAGCACAACAAUGGCAAUAUGGACGAGGAUCAAGGUCAAGACGGUAAAAAAGACUUUCAAAGGAAUGGAAACAACAUGGUGGGAGCUCUUGAGGUUCCUCAUCCAUUCCUCCCUCAAGAGGAUACUCAUCAAGAUAUGAAUAUGGGAGAAGACCUUGGCAACCAAGGAAAUUAUUACGAAAAUAACCUCGAUAAUAACAUCCGAAAUCUCAGAAGGCCUGAAUUUCAUUGAUGUUUUUACUUUCGAGAAAAAUGUAACUUAUGUGAAUACUUAGGAAAGCUGUAGAUUGUUUUGAUUACUGUAGUUUUUAGUGUUUGUAGGUUUAAAUUGAGUGUACAUUUUUAUAUGUGAUUAUUUUAUGUCAGGACGCCCAGAAUUUUUUAAAAAAUUUUAAAAGGAAAAUAGGAUUAAAGCAAAUAAGAUUUUUGUUUUUAAUCACACUAUAUUAGUGAUCCUGUUCGGAAAUCCAAUAUUUAAUUUUUCUAACUUUAGUACCAUUUUAUUUUUAAGGGGACCAUUUUAUAAUAUUGCACAAAAAUCUAAGCAUAACUGCUAGUCACUUAAGUAAAUUCUUCUGCGAGUUGAAAGAAGAGUACUGUAGCUAUGUUCACGUUAAUCAUAAAUACUUUUGUAAUGCUGAUUUCUUAUGUAGGAAUAUAUUUCACAACUAUAUUUCACUUGCUAAACUAAGCAAGUUUUCUAACUUUUGUGGUGUAUAAGGGUAAACUUCAACCUUGUAAUGCAAGACAAAUAUUUACAUAGUGUGUCAAAGCCAACUCAGGCAUCAAUAAAGUCAAACCAGGCAUCAUUGAAGCCAACAGCAACAACAUAACAUUGAUGGAAUACCCUUCAAGUAGAGCCAACAUUCAGUGUCAUGUGUUUCUCCUCCUGGUAAUUAUUAAAACAUUACAGUGAAACAGUGUGUGUGACAUAUGCCUUCAGUAGUCCAUAUAGACGACUGAAUGCAGUCAACUCCUGUAUUAAGGCUCAAGACCAUGGAAACACAAUGAAGGCUGGUUGUUUAUAGUCAAGUGGCAGUUACACGUUAUUUAUUUCUCUAUUCUUCUCCUAGGUAUAAUAUAUAUAUAGUAGUGUUUUAAAAGGGGAAGUGGUUGCUUUCUAGUUUUUUAAGCAUAUAUUAUAAUAAAAUUAACUUGGAAAAUUUUACAUUGUGUCAUAUAUAUAGGAUUUCUUAAAGGCUUAAAGGGAGUAGAUUUGUAUUACAGUAUAUAGAAGCUUUAAUCUGUUAAGCAGUAUAAAGAUACUGUAGUUUAAGAAAUAUUGUACAUAGAUUCCUCUUGAAAAAGAACAAACCACUCAUUAAAUAACUGUUGGUGAUUGUGCUUGCUUCUCAUUAACUGGGAUGUUAGUUUUCUUAUAACAUUAUUCUCACAUGUGUUUCAUCUUCCACUGACUGCAAUAUGUCUGGUGACUAAUUCUUUCUCUUAUCCUGUAGUUCUACUCACUAACAAAAACUGCUUUCAAUCAUAGAUCAGUAGAAUGUACUGUAAUUAUGGUCAAGGUAGUCUUGAGAUCCCUUAUAUUUAAUUAAAAGGUGAUCAGAUUAAAAACACAUUCAAGUGCAUCAUGCAUCAGAUGAUUUUUAUUUUUACAUGUACCUUUAGUGUGAUAGUGAUGACGAAAACUGCUUUCUUCAUAACUUGUACAAUGUUUGUGAUGAUUAGUUGAAGUAGUGACUUUAAUUUAGUUUGCAUCAACUGGUUUUAAUCUACUGUAGUAAUUAGCCAAUAUUUAAUGUUGGAAACCAAGUUUGUUACUUAGAGAAUUCCAUAGUGUCUUGGGUGGAGUGUCUGCAUUCAUUUGCACAGCAUACAUAUGCUGUACUAUAUGUCUCAAUAUAUUCCCUGAGCAUUUAUAACUCACCCAUCCAUGCUGUACUUUAUUGAAGACAGUUAUUUUCAUAUUUACAUGCAGGAACAAAUGAACAAUAAUUGUGUGUAUCUCGUCAUCAUGUUUGUGAUAGGGAAUUACUGUAAUCAACCGGGACCUAAUUAAGAACAUUUUGGUAAAGUUUCUUUUUUGACAAUAUAGUUUUUUCCUUUUACUUAUCAUUUUUAACAUUUAUAAGUUUGACAAAUUAUUAAACAUUCCAGAUAUUACGACAGUGUAACGUAGAUGGUUACAAGAUAGGGUUUCCCAUAGUCAGGGACGGGAUGUCUGCUAGACAUAUCAAGGUCCCACCAUGCCAGUGACUGACCUUUACCAGUACACAACCCACAACAGUUGCAUGACUCACAAGUACCUGUUUACUGCUAGGUGAACAGAGCCAUUAGGUAUAAGGAAACGUGCCUGAAUGUCUCACCCUGGUCAGGAAUCAAGCUCAAGUACAUUAUGUUGUGCACAUUGCACUACAAGAGGGUAAAGAUAUGGAAAGUACUGUAGAAACAACCAAGAUUUUCACCAAUAUUUUUGCAUUCUAAUGGUUUGAGCAAAUGUUGCAAACAUGUUUGCUGUGCUGCCAUAACCCUAGUGUUGCAUUGGUAUUGGUAGGAUACUUGCACACCAUACAGGAAGUAUUUAGAGGAAUAUUUGAGCUAAAUUGAUUAUUUUAAUAUUUUAACAAAUGUAUCACUUUAUAGUGUAUAUAUACUAAAAUAUAGUUUUGAAAUGGUAAAAUAUAAAUGUAUGCAGCCAAAUAAUUAAAGGAGGUUGGAGUCAUUACCAAUUAGUUAAUCUAGAUAAUGCUGUUCACUGGAAAUGAACUCAUCAACUUAAAGAUCAUAAGCAAUCAAAACCUUCCUUUCCUGUAAAUUACAAUAUAUUAUAGAAAAUUUUCUUUUCUAAACAUGGUCAUAUUUUCAACAUUGAGAGUGCUAUAGUUUAUUAAGCGAUACUGUUUAUCCCAUCAUUUUCCAAGUACACUACAUGGUUUGAAUUUUUUAUGGCCUUGGGAUUGUCCUGAAAUGCCUCAACCAAAAUGUCAUACAGAAGUGAUAUAGUAUUUAUAUAAAAAAAGUAAUAAUUUUUUGUUUUAUCUCAUAAAAUAUUAUGCUUGUUUUAAUUUGAUAUAGUUUAGUGGGAAAGGUAUCACAUCAAGGCAAAUGGGGGGAUCUUCGACAAGCCACCGGCUUUCUGUCCUCGUCGAGGCCACUAGGGUUGGUGGCCUUCAGGUAAAUGAACCUAUUAUUUUGUUACUUCUUACAAUGUAAUACUGUACCUGUGUAUCAAUAGUCAUAAAGCCCUAUUGUGGUUAGUAAAGUAUAAAAUUUAGUUCUGAUAAUAAUCUGCCCCUACAGAUGACCUUGUAGACGUGAAUAAAUAGAAGCAACUAUAAACUCUUGACCAAGUUUUUAUAUUUUUUUUAGCUGAAUAAAUUAGACUGUUUAUAACUGGUAUAAAUGAUAAUUUUUGCAAUCAAUUUGUGUGUUUACUGAAGUGGAAUAAUGGUUUGUUGGCAAAUAUAGGACCAACUUGUGGUAUCACUUUGAUGUUAAAUGUGCCAUUUACAUUAAUGAGAGUACAGUAGAAUUGAGACACUAGUAUUGUAGACAAAAUUAAGCACCACACACUAUGCCAACACAGCUGUAAUGCAUUGUUACUAUAUAUUUUGUAAUCAAAAUAUAUCGGGUUUAAUUUUAACACUUAUUUAUUUUGGUUGCUUAUGAUCUUAAGACAAAAUACAGGAUUAUUUUCUGCCUUUAAUGAAUAGUCGUAACUGACAAAAACAAACAUUUUAUAUGUGAAUCCAGUGUAGGGAAAUAGCUAAACAUUAAUAUUGUAUAAUUGUUGAAACAUAACACAUUUUGAGACAAUGAUCACUCGCCUUCGGUUAUUGUAUGAUACAAUAGAAAACAAUAAUUGAGUAAUAUUUUGGAUUGCCAUCCCAUUAAACAAAACCAAUUUGCAAGACAAAUGAGUUAGGAAAGGUUAUGCUUCCUGUGGUGUCCGCAAAGUCGGUCUCCUUUUCAUGUUGAAGUUCCAGGCUGGUCUUACCUCGGGAAUGUUAUAGAAUUGUGAAAGAAAACAGACAGGACAUGCCAUAUAAUUUUAUUUUACCACACCAGCACUGAUAAAAGUAAUUGUAAUUUUGUAACCAUAUAGUGUAUCCUUAUUUCAAAUUCAACUUCCAGUAUUAGAUGUUAAUAUACUUUCUAUUUAUAAGAGUGAACCGAUUUGACAAAAUAUAAACACUACAAAAAUAAA